ACUUUCUAUUUUUGACAAAGAUCCCAAGUUCACGUUAACGUGCAAAGUUCCAACUCUCAAAUAGUUCCUCAAGAGGCAAUAAAAUGAAAGCCACGAGUGUUGCCUCUGUUGGAAUAGUUCCUGAAGUACUCACUUCUUCUGACAACUACAAAAGAUGGAGUGCUAUUGUGAAAAAUUAUCUGUUGGGGCAAGAUCUGUGGGACAUUGUGUUCAGUGGUAAUAAUACUGAUCACUUGGACAACACCCCAGAUAUUGAGCAAGGAUUCGGCUACGCUUAUGAACCUGAAAGAAAGGUACUUCCAUCGAAGGUGAAUAAUGCAAAAGCUUUGCAUACUAUUCAACUAUCAUGUGGACCACUGAUUCAAGAUGAGCUUUCUGAUUUUGAAUUAGCCAAAGAUGCUUGGGAUCAUUUGUCAACAAGAUAUGGGAAUUUUUUUAAAAUCAAGCUUGAUAAAGAUGAGCAAGAUAAUUUUGGUUUUGGUGCGGACCAUAAAAAGCUAUUGAGGAUGGUGAAGAUAGGUGAUUCUAUUGAAGAUAUCAAUAUAGAUGAGGGUGUAUUUGAUCAUAUAACCUCAGAAUCAGGUUGGACGCUGCUUCACAUUGCAGUAAUUGUUGGAAACGUGAAAAAUAUGGAAAAAUUGGUGAGAGAUGGGAAUGAAGAGUUUGUAAGAAAGCAAGAUAAGCUUGGUCACACAGCUCUUGCUCUUGCAGCUUGUUAUAAUGCUAAAAUCGCUAUAGUAGAGCACAUGCUACAAGUUGUAGACAACAACAUAGGGGAGGAGCUGCUGAUGCAGCCGAACACAAAAGGAGAAAUCCCGAUUCUAUUAGCUGCUGCUGACGGACACAAAGAAAUGACUGGAUGUCUUUACUUGAAGACUCCUAGAGCAAUGUUCAAUGGAGCCGAUCCACAAAAUCGAGUUUUGCUUCUCGAGCGAUGUAUCACGGCUCAAAUAUUUGAUGUGGCUUUGAGAUUACUCAAAGAUUACCCAAAUCUGGUCGCUGAAGUAAUUGAAAACGUCAACGAAAAUGUACCCGGGGAAUCCAGGAAAGUCUCCGUCUUAGUUGCAUUGGCUAAAUUGCAUUCUUCUUUCCCAAGUGGCAGCGGAUUCGGCGGACUACUACAACAAUUCAUUUACGAUAAUUUAAUCGUAGGAAAGGAAUUUCAAAACAACUAUGGGAUCCCGGAAUCCAAUAUUGCGAAGUUUGUAAGUUCGGGUACAUUUGGUGACGAUAGAAAUCUUCAUACGUCUUCCUCUGCGAAACGUUGGUCAGUAGCUGGCUUCGACAUACCUCUUGAAAAGCUAUUGGAUUUUGAAUACCGGUUGGUUCUGUUUUUCAAGAGUCAAAAUAUCGUUGGGACUCGGGAAAUAUAUGAUGAAAAAUAUGCCCAUUAUGAAGUUCUGGGAAUAUUGAAACACUUCAGCCAAAAUAUUGGAAAAUUUAGUUAUGAACAGCUCAUUAAAGCUUCAGCACACGAAGCCAUGUUGUAUGCAGCCGAGAAUGGAAUAGUUGAGUUCGUAAAUGCUAUGAGGGAAGCUAAUCCUGAUCUGCUGUCAGUUACUGACAACAAUGGUAGAGGCAUAUUUUGGUAUGCAAUUCAGAAUCGCAGACUAAAAGUGUUCCAACUCAUAUACUUUCUAAAAGGAUUGGAGAAGGAGAUGUUUCGAUAUCGCACAGACGUGUUGGGCAAUAACCUGCUGCACACGGCAGCUCUUUUAGUUUCUUCAUCUAAUCGUAAUGGCAGAUUGAGUCCUGCAAUGCAUAUACAAACAGAGAUUCAAUGGUUUACGGCUGUGUAUAGACUUGUGAAUCCGAAGUUCUUGGAAGCCAAAAAUAAGGAUGGUAAGAAGCCUUUUGAGGUAUUCAUCGAGAGCCACCAGGAGCUAGUGAAAGCCGGAGAAAAAUGGACAAAAGACACGGUUACCUCUUAUAUAGCUGCGGCUUCUCUCAUCCUCACUGCCGUGUUUACUGCAGCCUUAACUGUCCCGGGUGAAGGCAAUGAAGAAAUUGAGAAAUCAAAUGACUCGCAUGAACUGAUGUUUAAUCUGUUUUUAACGACAGAUGUAUUAUCUAUCUUAUGUAGUGCCAUAUCACUCUUCUUUUUCAUUAAGAUUCGCACAUCGCGUUAUGAUGAAGUAAAUUUCCUCAUGACAUUACCUACGAGAUUACUUCUCGGCGUUAUGUUCCUUCUUGUCUCUGUCUCCUCCACGAUGGUUGCAUUUUAUGCUGCGCUUGAUAUGAUUUUAGAGGGGCAUCGCAGGAGUACUUGGCAGAUGAUUCUAGUACCCAUCUUGAUUUCUAGCUUUCUUCCAUUUUUCCCUGUUAUAGGAUUUCUUGUGCAAUCCUUCAAAGAGAUUCUUCAAUCUAGAGUCAAAAAGCCCCAUCACUCUAUGUCUUAAAAAAGGUUAAUACAUGCCGACCGGAAAAUAUAUUUCAGCAAAAGUAUAAUGUGAGUGAUCAUUGCAACUAUGGCAAAUGAAUAAUGUAACUACUCUCUCUUUCUACUAGCCCGUAAACUUGAUAUGUAUAACAACCUUGUGUUUCAUACUUUUUCAUAAUUAAAUAUAUAUG